CAUAUGGCUCCUACUCGCUGCCGAGAGGAAGUGUUGCUUUGUUGUGAACAGGCGGCGCUGCGGCCGGCGGAAGAGGAGGUCGCCCAGCCCAGUCUCUGUCCGUUGGUGCACAGAAGCGGGGAGAGAGGGGAGGAAGAGAGAGAGGAACGGGAAGGAGAAAGACGGCGCUGCUUAGGGAAAGGAAAGGCUGCUAUAAUGGCCGCCAAGUCGGAUGGGGUGAUAAAAAUUAAAAAGAGCGAUGUGGCGUUCACGCCGCUGCAGAACUCGGACCACUCGGGCUCGGUGCAGGGGCUCGCUCCGGGAUCGCAGCCGGACUCGGGGACGGGAGAGGGGGACUUCGUGAAUGCAGACUCGCGCUGCUGCGGCUCCUCCUCGACGUGCCUCCGUCUCGGCAGGGAACAGCAGAAGUGGACGGUUUGGGACGCUCUCUGGAUUCUAGCCGCGGUUGCGGUCUAUCUCGCCGAUGUGGGGACGGAUAUUUGGCUUUCCGUCGAUUAUUACCUCCGUCGCGACUACUGGUGGUUCGGCCCCACGUUGUUUUUUGUGGUGCUCGGUUCAUUCACGGUCCAGGUCUUCAGUUUUAGGUGGUUCGUCCAGGAUUUCAGCACCGAGGAGAGCUCAAGCGCCGCCAAUUGCUCUCACAUGGACGGCAAGCUUUUGAGCGGCUCGGCUUCUCACGGCGACGUGGGCGCCCACCCGUCUACACCCCAGAGACAGGCGUCUACCGCCAGCAAGAGCAAUACCACAACCAACAGCACCAACAGCAGCACCGCGACCCGGACUAACAAGAAAAGGUCGACGUCCUGCUCGUUCUGCGUUUGGUUCAUGCAGUCGGUCAUUCAUGUCCUGCAGCUGGGGCAGGUCUGGAGGUACUUCCGCACGCUGUACCUGGGCGUGCGGAGCAGGCGCAGCGGGGAGCAGGAGAGGUGGAGGUUCCACUGGAUGAUGGUGUACGAGUACGCUGACGUCAGCAUGCUGCACCUCCUCGCCACCUUCCUGGAGAGCGCCCCCCAGCUGGUCCUCCAGCUCUGCAUCAUCAUCCAGACCCACACACUGCAGGCCCUGCAAGGUAUCACGGCCGCCGCGUCGCUGGUGUCCCUGGCCUGGGCCCUGGCGUCCUACCAGAAGGCCCUGCGCGACAGCCGGGACGACAAGAAGCCGCUGAGCCACCUGGCGGUGAUCCUGCAGUUCUGCUGGCAUUUCUUCACCAUCGCGGCCCGCGUCAUCACCUUCGCCCUCUUCGCCUCCGUGUUCCAGCUCUACUUCGGCAUCUUCAUCGUGCUGCACUGGUGCAUCAUGACCUUCUGGAUCGUGCACUGCGAGACGGAGUUCUGCAUCAGCAAGUGGGAGGAGAUCGUCUUCGACAUGGUGGUGGGCGUCGUCUACAUCUUCAGCUGGUUCAACGUGAAGGAGGGCCGCACCCGCUGCCGGCUCUUCAUCUACUACUUCAUCAUCCUGCUGGAGAACGCGGCGCUGAGCGCCCUGUGGUACCUGUACCGCUCGCCGGCCAGCACCGAGGCCUUCGCCGUUCCUGCGCUCUGCGUCAUCUUCAGCAGCUUCCUCACCGGAGUCCUCUUCAUGCUCAUGUACUACGCCUUCUUCCACCCCAACGGCCCGCGCUUCGGCCGCUCGGCCAGCUGCAUCCUGGAUGACCCGGCCGCCACCUUCUCCCUGCCCCCUGAGGGCGCCACCAACUCGCUGCGCUCCAACAGGGGCGGGGCCGAGCGGGACGCCAAGUACGCCGAGCGGGACGGCUGCGCGCCCGUCUUUCAGGUGCGCCCCACCGCCCCCUCCACGCCCUCCUCCCGCGCCCCCAGGCUGGAGGAGACGGUCAUUAAGAUCGACCUGUGCAGGAACAGGUACCCAGCCUGGGAGCGGCACGUGCUGGACAGAAGCAUCCGGAAGGCCGUGCUGGCGGUGGACGCGACCGCCGCCCCUCCCCGGCUGCAGUACAAGGACGACGCCCUGAUGCAGGAGCGGCUGGAGUACGAGACCACGCUGUAGGAUCCCCCUCGGCUCCCGGGACGCCCCCCCGUGGACGGGACAGAGAGCGGUCAGCUCGGGUCAGCAGCAGGACUCUGGCAAUAAAACGUGAGACCCCCCCCCUCUGUACAUAGAGCUCAACCCUGAUGUUUGACUGUCACGGGCUGAAAGUAGGAGAGAUUUAUUAGCUGAUUGAUUGAUCAAUGUUUUUUUUAAAUCGGUUCUCAAAUCUUUAUUCAGAUUUUUUUUACUGGUGUCUGUCAGGGAUCGUGUUAUUUAGUUGAAUGGCCACUGUGCUGUAACACGCAGUGACCCACACAAGCUCUCCGACCCAGGUUCGAGGUCUCCUUCCAUACUGCGGAGGACCAGAGGAACCUUCUGAGCCGGUUCCAAAACCCAGCCACUAAAGUCAGUUUACAGUGAAAUCAUCUCUGGUGUAGCUCACAGGAGGAACACACGCGUACAAACACACACGCACACACAAGCGCACACACACACACAGAAAAAGAUACA